UGCAACAAGUUAAUUUUAAUGUUAUUGCUUAAACAACGAUAAUUAAUAUUUAUUAAAUAUUAGUACAACUUGCCAAAUCUUAGUGUAUAAUCUAAGACACUUCAGACUUCUCAGAAAACUCAGAAAACUCAGACUCAGCUAACAACAGCAAAAAAAAAGUUGAAAGUGAAUAAUUUUGUUGUUGUACGUAAAAUAAGAAAACCGCCAAAAUUCUUACCGCAAGCAGCAUGAAUUCAUACUUCGAACAAACUUCGGGCUUCUAUGGCCAUCCGCAUCAAGCGACGGGCAUGGGCAUGGGCUCUGGUGGUCAUCACGAUCAAUCGGCAACAGCUGCCGCAGCCGCUUAUAGAAGCUUCCCACUAUCGUUAGGCAUGUCACCAUACGUCAACCAUCCCUUGCAACGCACCACACAAGACUCACCAUACGAUGCCAGUAUUACAGCGGCCUGCAAUAAGAUCUAUGGUGACGGUGGCUACAAACAAGAUUGCCUCAACAUUAAAGCCGACACCGUAAAUGGUUAUAAAGAUUUAUGGAAUACUAGCUCAAACGGUGGCGGUGGUGGUGGUGGCGGUUCUGGUGGCGGCGGUGGUUCCGGAUCGAACGGCUCAAAUACCGCUAAUGGUCAAAAUACAGGUGGUGGUAUGCCUGUACGUCCAUCGGCUUGCACACCUGACUCACGUGUCGGAGGCUAUUUAGAUACUUCAGGUGGUAGUCCUGUUAGUCACCGUGGCGGUAGCGGUGGCGGUGCAGGCAGUGGCGGUGUGGGAAGCGGUCAAGGUGGUGGCGCUGGUGGUGUUGGUGUUGGCGGUGGUCCCGGUUGGAAUGCAAAUUGUACAAUAUCAGGCGCUGCUGCGCAAUCGGCAGCCGCAAGCAGUUUACAUCAAGCCAGCAAUCACACAUUCUACCCUUGGAUGGCUAUCGCAGGUAAGAUAAGAUCAGAUUUAACACAAUAUGGCGGAAUAUCAACAGACAUGAUGGGUAAGAGAUACUCAGAAUCUCUUGCGGGAUCCUUACUUCCAGACUGGUUAGCUCAAGCUCCCCGGUACGGCCAUAUAUGCGUACAACUCCUGGAUGUGCCAGCAGGCGCUACUGAAAUCGAACUCAGUGGCACCGGCAAUAUCAGCAACACAUGGAUGUUGAUACCAACCGAUGCUGAUGCUGAAGCUGAUGAUGAUGACGACGGCAACGACAACGACAACAACGAAGCAGUUAAAGAAGAAGAAUUUGCUUUGGGUUUCUUUAUUUGGAAGAUGCUGCAUAUCGCAUAUUGCAUACUGCAUACUGCAAACGGCAUGCAGCAUUAA